GUCAUGGUACGCAUCUCUUCCACGCUUGCCAGAGACACAUCUGAGUCCAGCUCUUUCUUAAAAGUUGACCCCCGUAAGAAGCAAAUCACACUGUACGACCCAUUGGCUUGUGGAGGUCAGAAUGCUUUCCAGAAAAGGGGCAACCAGGUUCCACCCAAGAUGUUUGCUUUCGAUGCGGUUUUCCCCCAGGAUGCGUCACAGGCUGAAGUAUGUGCUGGGACUGUGGCUGAGGUGAUCCAGUCUGUGGUCAAUGGGGCAGAUGGCUGUGUGUUCUGCUUUGGCCAUGCCAAGCUUGGAAAGUCAUACACCAUGAUCGGGAAGGAUGAUUCCAUGCAAAACCUCGGCAUAAUCCCUUGUGCCAUCUCCUGGCUCUUCAAGUUGAUUAACGAACGCAAAGAGAAGACGGGAGCCCGCUUCUCGGUCCGAAUUUCUGCGGUGGAAGUAUGGGGGAAGGAAGAAAAUCUGAGAGACCUGUUGUCAGAAGUGGCCACAGGCAGCCUGCAAGAUGGCCAGUCCCCAGGUGUCUACCUUUGUGAAGACCCCAUUUGUGGCAUGCAGCUUCAGAACCAGAGUGAGCUCCGUGCCCCUACAGCAGAGAAGGCUGCCUUCUUCCUGGAUGCUGCCAUCGCCUCACGCCGCAGCAGCCAGCGGGACUGCGAUGAGGAGGACCACCGCAACUCCCACAUGCUCUUCACCCUGCACAUCUACCAGUACCGCAUGGAGAAGAGCGGCAAAGGAGGAAUGUCGGGAGGUCGCAGCCGCUUGCACCUGAUUGACCUGGGGAGCUGCGUGAAAGUGCUCAGCAAAAACCGGGAGGGCAGCCCUGCCCUCUGCCUCUCCUUGUCAGCACUGGGCAACGUCAUCCUCGCUCUAGUCAACGGAAGCAAGCACAUCCCAUACAAAGACAGCAAGCUCACCAUGUUGCUUCGGGAGUCCCUGGGGAACAUGAACUGCCGCACCACGAUGAUAGCUCACAUUUCAGCCACUGCGGGGAACUACGCUGAGACGCUGUCCACCAUCCAGAUUGCAUCCAGGGUCCUCAGGAUGAAGAAAAAGAAAACUAAGUACACAUCGAGUUCUUCUGGAGGAGAGAGCUCUUGUGAGGAGGGCAGGAUGAGGAGGCCAACCCAGCUGAGGCCUUUCCAUUCCAGAAAUGCUGUGGACCCAGACUUCCCUAUUUUGCAUUUAUCCAGCGAUCCUGAUUAUUCAUCCAGCAGUGAGCAGUCAUGCGACACGGUGAUUUAUGUUGGCCCCAAUGGCACUGCCCUUUCUGAUAAGGAGCUGACAGAUAAUGAGGGUCCCCCUGACUUUGUUCCCAUAGUUCCUGCUCUGCAAAAGACCAAAAACGAGGGCAGGCUGGAGGAAGUGAAUGAAUCGGGACCCAGCACAUCUGAAAGAGACUGCCUGAAGUGCAACACCUUUGCAGAGCUCCAAGAGAGGCUGGAUUGCAUAGAUGGCAGUGAAGAGACCGACAAGUUUCCCUUUGAAGAGAUGCCUGCUCAAUUUAGCUCAGACCAGAUGUCGAAGUGCUCUGUCUCCAGCCAGCUGGCAGAGCUCAGCCACUUACCAGAGUCAGAUAAGGAAGAUACGAUGCCAGAAUGUCAGCAUCCUGAUAGAAAAGCCAAGGAAAAUAUAAAUGCAACACCCAGCAAAACUAAGAGAAAUCACUCCCCUGUUCCUUCUGGAGCCCUUACUAAUGUUUCAACUCCUCCUUCUCCCAGGAGUGUAACAGGCAGCUCUGGCAAAGAGCUUAGCUCUGGUCAGUUAGCACACAGCACCAGCCUGCAGAGCAGCAGGGAAGGUCUCAACACCUGUGGAUUUGUGGAAGGCAAACCUCGGCCGAUGGGCUCUCCCCGGCUGGGCAUUGCAAGCCUCUCAAAGACAUCCGAGUACAAGCCCCCAACUUCCCCUUCCCAGAGGUGCAAGGUCUAUACACAGAAAGGAGUCCUGCCCAGCUCCAGUCCCCCACCAGCUCCCCUGAGUAAGGAUACUGGGAUGACAUCUAGUGAAUCUUUAUUGCAGCCAGAAAUCCGGACCCCACCUGUCGGCAUGAGCCCUCAGAUCAUGAAGAAGUCUGUGUCCUCCAGCAAUGGGGAUUUUGAGGAGACCAUUCUCAACAAAGAUCGACAACAAAGCCUUUCUCCAGAAUCCAAGAAGGAGAUUCUGAGCACCACCAUGGUGACUGUGCAGCAGCCCUUAGAGCUGAAUGGAGAGGACGAGCUGGUGUUCACCCUUGUAGAGGAACUAACCAUUAGUGGGGUCCUUGACAAUGGGCGCCCAACCAGCAUCAUCAGUUUUAACAGUGACUGCUCCGUGCAGGCUUUGGCCUCUGGCUCUCGGCCAGUCAGUAUUAUCAGCAGCAUAUCUGAAGAUCUGGAAUGUUACUCCAGUGCAGCUCCUGUGUCUGAAGUCAGCAUCACGCAGUUCCUUCCACUUCCAAAGCUGGGCCUGGAUGACAAAUCCCAGGACGAUGGCAGCAGGCGCUCAUCCAUCAGCUCAUGGUUGAGUGAAAUGAGCACAGGGAGCGAUGGCGAGCAGUCAUGCCACAGCUUCAUAGCCCAGGCAUGCUACGGGCAUGGGGAAGCAAUGGCAGAUCCCCCUGUCUCCGAGUUUGCAAGCACCAUACAAAGCGCCAGCAUGAUUUGUGUAAGUGACAAACAGAAGCCAGUGGCUGACAACAUGCUUAUACUGUCGGAAAUGGGGGAGGAAGCUUUCGGCAAAGUGCCACCCCUCAAAGGCUGUAAAAUAUCAGCUCUCGGGAAAACUACUGUCACGAUCAAAAACACCGCAAGCCUCAGCAGCUGUGAAGGUUACAUCCCAAUGAAGACAAACAUUACCGUGUAUCCAUGUAUCGCCGUUAAUCCCUUCAAAGCCCAAGACACUGAUGAUGCUGUACCGGCAGUAACUGCAGACCCAAAGGUUGCUCAUCCCCAUGAUGGGAAAGAGUCCAGUGCUAAGAAGGAUAUAAAAUUUGAAGACCCUUGGCUGAAGAGAGAAGAAGAUAUGAAAAAGGACAGCUCUGGGGGCAGUGAUGGGCAAAGAGAUAACACUGCCGCCGUUUCAGCCAAGGCUGAGCACAACACCAAGCAGUCCUCAGCAGACAGGUGCAGCAGCAGCAGCAGCAGCGGGGAUGCCUCUAUCUCCCCAGGAUCUGACAGUUUAAAGAGGAUUGUGGAUGGGUGUGAGGUGGCAGCAUCCGGCUCUGCAACCCAAAGCCCUGUUCACUCCAGUGAUGGCUUGAAGAACGGUAGCCUCCCUCGAGGGUUCCCAAAGGCAAGCAAGGCGGAGGAGCCCGACAGUCACCUCCAUCCUACUGCCACUGACAGCAGCGGAGCUGGCUCUCCUGCCCUCCCGCAGUUUUCUAAGGCCAGUCUGGAUAAGAAGAUGGCAUCUCCCAAACACUGUGUCCUCACUCGUCCCAAAGGGACUCCUCCUCUGCCACCGGUGAGAAAGUCAAGCUUGGAUCAGAAGAACAGAGCCAGCCCCCAGCACAGUGCAGCCAGCAGCACCACCAGCAGUCCCUCCAGCCAGCCGGGGUCCUUCCUGGCCAGCUUCCCGGAGGAGCUGAAUGCCAAACAGAAGGGCCCUGGCAUUGACAGCAGCGGCAACAACAGCAGCAGCAAGCUCUUCAGUGCCAAACUGGAGCAGCUCGCCAGCAGGACCAACUCCCUUGGGAGGUCCACAGGAAGCCACUAUGAGUGUUUGUCGCUGGAAAGAGCGGAAAGCCUGUCCUCAGUGAGCUCCAAAAUGAGCCCUGGCAAAGACACCACCAUGCCUAGGGCUGGACGGAGCCUCAGCCGCAGUGUCAUGUCCUCACCCACCAACUCGGGGCUCUCCCAGUCAGCGGGGGCCUCCCCAAAAGCCAGCCAGUCAAAGAUCUCUGCAGUCAGCAAGCUCCUGCUGGCGAGCCCCAAAGCCCGCAGCCUAUCUGCCUCUGCCACCAAAACGCUCAGCUUCUCCACCAAGUCUCUGCCUCAGUCCGUAGGGCAGAGCUCCAGUUUGCCUCCAAGUGGGAAGAACAUGUCCUGGUCGAUGCAGUCCCUCAGCAGAAACCGGGGCUCCAGCCUUGCUUCCAAAUUGCCCCUUCGGGCUGUCAAUGGGCGGAUUUCGGAGCUGCUCCAAGGGAGCACCAGUGCCAGAGGCUUACAGCUGCGGGGAAGCUCGGAGGCAGACGAGCGUGGGGGUCCUCCUGGAGAUGAAAAGCCAACUGUUCACAUGCUGCCUUCACCUUACAGCAAGAUCACCCCUCCUCGGAAACCUCACCGCUGCAGCAGCGGCCAUGGGAGCGACAACAGCAGUGUCCUGAGCGGGGAGCUGCCCCCUGCCAUGGGGAAAACAGCCCUCUUCUACCACAGCGGGGGGAGCAGCGGCUACGAGAGCAUGAUGCGGGACAGUGAGGCGACAGGGAGCGCCUCUUCAGCACAAGACUCCAUGAGCGAGAACAGCAGCUCCGCCAGCGGCCGGUGCCGAAGUCUCAAAAAUCCAAAGAAAAGAUCCAACACAGGUUCCCAGAGACGGAGGCUUAUCCCAGCUUUAUCACUUGAUACCGCUUCCCCAGCAAGGAAGCCUGCCAACAGCCCCGGGGUCCGCUGGGUGGAUGGACCCCUGCGAAGUGGGCAGAGGGGGCUGGGGGAGCCCUUUGAGAUCAAAGUCUAUGAGAUAGAUGAUGUGGAGAGGCUCCAGCGACGACGAGGUGGUGACAGCAAGGAGGUGAUAUGUUUCAAUGCCAAGCUGAAAAUCCUGGAGCAUCGCCAGCAGAGAAUUGCUGAGGUCAAGGCCAAGUAUGAGUGGUUAAUGAGAGAACUGGAGGUGACCAAACAGUACCUGAUGCUGGACCCUAAUAAAUGGCUCAGUGAAUUUGAUCUGGAGCAGGUAUUUGAGCUGGAUUCUCUGGAAUACCUGGAGGCCCUGGAAUGUGUUACUGAGCGAUUGGAAAACCGUGUCAACUUCUGCAAGGCCCACCUCAUGAUGAUCACCUGUUUCGACAUCACCUCCAGACGCCGAUAAAGUAUGAACCUCGAGAGAAUUCCGAUGCGCAUCUCUGUCAUCCUCCUUUUCCCUUCUGAAUAGCAUCCCAAAGAAAACAGAAUGAGGAUGAAGGUUGGAGUCAAGUCUCAACUGUGUGUAUGAGAGAUUUGCUAUACUAUACGGAAGAGUAGCAUUAAAUAAAACAGGACAAGCAUGAAACAUGGAGAUAUAAGGUUGUUGAUUCUCUUAGCCUAAAAGAGCACUUUGAGGAACCUUUAAGGACAUGUCUGUAAAUAAGAACUGCUGGCAGAAGACACUUCUUUCCCUGCGUUAGCUGAGGGAGGAGGAAAGAUGGUUGUAGGACUUCCAUUGAGAGGUUCAUUAAAAGAAAACCUAUCCAGAAAAACUGUUUAAGUGCCUUGCAAAUCUUUAUUAUCCAAACAUUUAUGUUCAUACUUUAUUGUGUACAGAUGGUGCUAGUCAAGAAAAGAAAAAGGAAAAAAAACAAACACACUUUUGAAAUGUAUUUACAGCUUGUUUUUCUCUUGGUGUUUUCUCCUAUUUCAGACUUGCUGUUUCUAAGUAACUUGUGUUUGUAGAGAUAUUUCCUAAUCAGUACAACAUAUGAAUAAAUGUUAACUGUCUUUUCUUGUUACCAGAGUAAGGCCACUCAAAGAGAAAUUCUGCUUUCCCAGAUGACACAAAAAAUAUUUCUAGCACUGCAUAAGGUUUGCUUUCAUGUUCUUCUGUACUAUCUCACAUGCUGGAGGACACAGUAAUUUUCCCAGCCUGUAGGUUCUGCAAUGUAUGAGACAGGAGAAGUGACCUUACCACAAAGUAAAUAUCUUUCCCAUUUCAUCCAGCCCUCAUAACUUGUUUUCUUUUUCAUAUAUUUUUAACUUCAUACUAGCUAGAGUUAUGGAUCAGGAGGAGCUUUUAUCCUAAUCCCCUUUUCUGGUGCUAGUAACUUGCUGGAAAAUUACUGUUUAGGCAGUGAGGUCCCAUGCUUUUUAGUCCAAAAAUAAGUGAUGUAUUCUGUCUUUCUUUCUUAAGACUAUGACUGAUAAAAAACAGCUUCACCUCUUUUUGACAUAUACCACUGCAGAAGAUGUUUUGGCAGCUUUCGGUCACUGGCCCAGUCUGUCUGUAGUCACAGAUGUACCUGAGAAGUGCAGGCUCUGCUUAGCUCAGCACAUCUAGAAGUAAACCAGGUCGGGAGUGAACGGUCAUAGCACUUCGGGCAUGUUGGCUACAGCAUUUUCCUUACCAGCCCUCCAGUACUGAAGCCAUGGUAAAAUUCACACUGACAUCAAAAGGACGAGAGUCUGUCCCUCAAUGCACAUCUAAAUGUUCUACUUGUUUGCCUCUUUAUCUACAAAACGGUAUGUGGGAGGGAACAUCCCUCAUGUUUCUUAAAGGGAUGUGUGAAAUCUGCAUUUUAAUUACAUAUGAGCAUGAAGAAUUAUUUUGUUUAAUUGGGUUUCUUCUUCUUCUGUAUUGAAACAAGCCCAUUAACACAAAUUCCUCUCUCACAGUUGUCUUACCCUCCUGUUGCUUAUGAGAAAAUAAGAGCAUCAUUUAAUAUAUACUCAUUAUGCAUCAGUUUACUGCUGCACUUAAAUGCAACUCUUCUUUUACCUGCACCAUCCUAUUAAUGCCAUCUUACAAUAUUCCAAGCAGCAAGUCCCAAUGGAAAUACAAACCUACAAAAAUACUUAAUAGAUUUUCUAGCAGUUAGCUGAAAAAAAGUGCUGUAAAAAAAAAGAAAAAAAAGAAAAAAACUUUUAUAUGGUUUUAUUUUCUUUUAGUACUCUACAACUUGUAAUAACAAAUCUUAUUCAUCCUAUUAGCCUUGUCACUGGAUUUUGUAGGAGAUUCUUCUUACAUUCUGUAGGAUUAUUUGGAGGAAAAAAGGGUCCUACAUGAAAAUCGCUUUCUAGCCUGUUCCACAGCAUUCUCCUAUUAUGAAAUUUAAAUUCCGAGUAAGUAUCAAAGACAUAGAUCUGAUCUCUCUAACUCUUCUCUCUCAAGGCAAAAACAACCUCUGAAAAAGUCCCCCAAACAGCACGACUGAGCUAGCUUUGUUUCUCUUUGCAAUAAUGCUGGUAGCACUUGCCGUGUGUUGGUUCUGCCAAGGCCAUCUUCUCCACAGAGCCCCAUGAAUUCCGUACAGCUCCACGGGAAUCGCCCCUGUGGUUUUGUGCUGGAUGAAGAUGUAGCACCCUGGGGAUAUGGACUGCAUCCCUCUUGAUGGGCUUAGUCCAGGGAGCCCCAGAUACACAUUGCCGGGUCACCCCCUCCCCACCCCCGGGUGGCUUUUACAUCCAGCCGCCACCUCUCACUCCCCUGCAUCCCCAGGCAGGUCUGUACCGCUCACCCCGUGCUGCUGGGCUAAGCCUGCCUCCUGGGCCAUACCCUCACCUGCAAGGAAACCCCGAUCCCUCCCCACCAGCCAAGCUCUGCACAUGACAUUAAAUAUUGCCUUCUUUAAGCUUAAGCAUUCCUGAAGGCGUGUUUGCUGGAAGGUGGGUGUUGGGUAACUGGGAUGCUGCCUUCUUCCUCUGCUGAAAACAAGCAGCCCAAAAUGGGCAUACUGGGCGCCCUGGGGACCUGCGGCGAGAUGCUAAAUGUCAAGCGGUACAGUAAAAGUAAAUAUACACUUGAUAGAAGGUGGAAUCCGAGCAAAUAGUGCACGUACAGAAUGCAUUAUUAACAAGAGAUGCCCUCUCACAUAGUCUGGGACUUACACAGAAGUGCUGAUGUUUCUAUAAAUCAAGUGGACACGUUUCAGAGGUGUUGUAAAAUAUCUAGUAUUACGUGUAAUAUUCGCCAGCAUAAUUAACUCAAUUAUUCAUUGUCUCUAGAUUUAGUACCUCUGUGGAUUAGGAAGCAUAGCAAAAAGCCUGUCUUUCUAGCCAUCAUUUUAAAUACUAAGAGCAUAUGUUUGCCCUGUUUAUCAUGAUGGACCAAAAGGAUUCCUGAAACCAAAUGGAUUAUGCCAAGGAUGGACUUGUCACACUGAAAGUUAUGUACUAACUGAGGAGAAUCACAGUUCCCACAAAUAUUUUAUUUCUGAGGACUUAAUUAGAUUAGCCAUUAACAUUCCCAUCAUCUACCAGUAUUCAUAUCCUAAAAACCAUACUUACUCUCGCUUUUUUGACUUUCUGUCAGCGCAGUUCAGAAUCUGCCACUAUAUUGUGGUGGGUUUAUGAAUAAAAGAGAAUGAAAAUGUAUGGAGAUUGAACACCUCUGAAAUGUUUUCUUGUUGAAAAUAGCUUUUUACUACAGAAUUGAUAUUGUUAUACUUCAAAUAGCUGCAAAACAGAUCAUUAAAAGCAUCAGGACGCUGUUAUGAAAUUGAUUGUAGUCUACAGGAGCCAGAGUUUUACAGAAGAUCCAUACACUUCUGCAAGUCGCUCAGGAAGUCCCGUUCCUUAAGGAAUUGCCAGCAUAAUGCUGGUUUUAUGCUGAUUUUCUAGAAGACACCAAGUUGCCCUGAAUACACAAAAGCAACAGGAGUGUAAUGCUUAAUUAUUUGCAUAUUCACAUGUCAAUCAUAUUUCCCUGGGACGGCUUUAGUAGGAAACAGCAGUGUUACCAUCGUUAGGUUUGAGGGUUAGCUCUUUGUUAAGAACUCACCAGUUCUUCAUCGUCAGGUUGUGAAGAGGCUGGGGACACCCGAGCUGCUCCGCAUGGCCACUGCACGGGCAUGGACACAGGGGUCUCCGGCUGAGAACUGCUCCUCUGGGCACACAUGGACCUUAUUUACACAGGCGGCAGGACUUGCCCCACAGCUACAAAUUCGAGCAAAGCCUUGGAGCGGAGAGUGUGGCUGUGACAUGGACCCAGGCAUCCCACCGGUCUGCGUGAGGGCUCGCAGCAGGCAGAAAGCCACGGGUUGCCCAUCCACUGAUGCCAGGUGCCGGUUCACUUCGUAUCCCUGAGGAUGUGGGAAAGCCCCGAUUCCUGGUGGGCUUGUCAUAACAACACGUGUCUUCUGCUACGCACGCCUUGUAUUUGCCUCAAAAUGAUUCCCUGUCAAUUAAUUUGGAUUGAAGCGAUCUAGAGUGUUAUUCCAUACCAAGGCAAGGAAGCAAAGUGAUGCUCAGGAUCUUCGCAACGGAUCUGUUCUCAUCUCACCUGCACUCCUAUAGCUGAGACACAAUUCAGAGGCAGGAGAGUUAUAGCAGAGUAAACCCAGUUGGGAAGAAAAGGAAAAAUAAUCCACCUGCUAUUUCUUUGGGUAUUUACCGUGCUACUAGUUAUAUAGUUGAACAAUAUGCUUCUCUUACCUAUUUGAUACCCCCUUGCUUUGCGUGAGGGCCACACACAGGUCUGUCAUGGAACAUCUACUGGCUUCCAUCCAGUCUUGGAGGCUCCCACUGCUGUACAACCUGACUUCUGAAACUUGCAGCUCCGUAAAACAGUAACUGGUAAAAAGCAGCAGCGUGAUCCCCUGACAUGAAGCAGGCUGAGUGGGAGCUGCAGGUAAUGUACAGAAAAGGAUGAAAGAUACACAUUGGUAUUUUUUUCUUUAAUCUCUGCACAUGGCAAUUACAGAGGCAGAAAGCUGGAAGUGAUGUUGGAGUAAUGCACAUCAAGUCCCAAGCUUGCUCACAGGAUAAGCUCAGUCCAUCUUGAGGUGAUUUUUUUUUUUUUUUUCAUUUAUCUUGAUGAUAUGGUUUGUCUUAAAAUAGAGACUGUUAUGUGUGGCACAGAAUUAAAAUUUUAUGACAGCUGAAGGAUGUAGACUCCUGUACAAACAUCACCUUCUACAAAUGUUUCUAAUUUCCUUGCUUCUUUUUUUCUGAGCUAAAAAUAACUGUAACCAUGAGGCAUAUAUACAUACAGACAAAGGUAUAUACACACAGCCUGAGAGAGACAGCCCCCUCACAUGGCACUGUGGGCAGCUGGCACAGAUGUGCACUAACGGCAACAACACCACUUCCCCUUCCACUGCCAAGGAACACCUAUAAAACCUUUCUCCUUGCACUCCCCAGCAUGAAGCUGACUUAGGACACACUAUAGGGAAAACGUAUGCUUGAAACACUUUUGAAGGCUUCUUCUAAAGGUCCUUUCUUCCCCACAUUCUUUGGUCUCCAAGCCAAGCUGCUGCAGUGCCCAUGUAGAGCCUGUCAUUGAAACGUUCAAGCCCGUAAAAGUAAUCCAAAUAAACCACUCUGUAUUUCAGGGUGUCAUGAAUUAAAGGCAAGAUAGUUUACAAUCACAGCUGUUAAAUGUAAAACAAUUUGAAUAAAAAAAUAAAUAAGUUUCUGCAUAUGCAUGAGGCAUACAGCAUAGUUAUAUCAACUGAAAGCCUGGACUCAUUGCUGUCUAUGAGAGAAAGCUUGCUGUCUAGUCGUAAUAGCUUUAAAAUUGUUACUUGAAGCUUCUGCACUGCCAAAGCAAAUAAGAUUCUCAUAAACCCGAGGUUUUGUGACCCCCUGAAGCCAGUUCAAAUGAGAGGGACAGUUGCACAGCAUCAGGGAUACACCAGCUCACUGCAGAGAUCAAAGCAUUCAUAUUGCUGGGUACCAACAGGCGUGGUGAUGACCAGAAAGACGCUACUUCUCCAACCCACUGGGCAACAUACCUUGCUUAAUCCUGAUGUCCUCACAGUCUUUGCUUUGUUCCAACACCCAGCAGUUUUUGGAGACGCAAGGCUACCCGUUGCUAGCCAUCGCAAGAUUUGAAACAGGUUUCCAAAUAACUAUGGCAAACAAAACUGUGAAUGAUUUGUUAGUGCAAAGUUAAUCAUCUCUAUCUCUUGCAUUUAUUGUGCGCUCAUCCCAGGGUUAUCUGAGCUUCCGUCCCUGCACUUGGAAAUAAUAAACCAUUUUAUUAUUGUCUUUAUCUUUUCUUCUUUCUCCUUCUCAAGCCAGCUUAAAAAAAAAAAAAAAAAAAAAAAAAAAGAAAAAUCAGUUUCCCUUGAAAACGUAGCACCCUUUUCCCAACCCCAUUGAAGUCAAUCCAGUUUUUGCCACCAGCUUCACGGACAGCAGACUUGUGCUCACUUAGGCAACAUAUUUUGAAGCUGACAAAGGGGAUGAUGAUUCUACAAAGAAUGGAGGUGCUGAAAGCGAGAUAGUAGCAUUCACCUAUAAUAUUUCUAACCACCUCCAAAACCCUCCGGGACAGGAAAUAAAACACAACUCAAACCAUCUUACUUUGAGUGGUCCUACUUCAGUAUUGAGCAAACUUUAUAACAAUGGUAAUAAAUUGGUGCUUGAGGCAGUUUCAGCUAUAUUACAUAUUCUCUAUAUACUAUAGAUAUUGAUGUAUUCACCCUCUAUAUUGUAUAUGUAUGUGUGUGAGUAUUUACAUAUAGCACACAUACAUAUAUGUUUUAUGUAUGCAUAGAUACUAACUUUUCUAUGUUUUACUUCCUUUCCUCCCAUAGCUGAAACUGCUGGUUACUAACAUCCACAUCAUAUUCUAUGUAUGAAGGAUAUAAUUUAUUUGUAAACUCAGGAUGUUCUUGUUUUAUAGAGUUGCUUGUAUUUUAUAAUUUAUUUACACAUCAUGGUUGGAAAUGCUUAUCUAAGUGCUAUGCAUUGAAGUGUAUGUUUGCUAAAUCCAUUUCACACUGUCUGUGGCUAUGUUCUUUCUCAUUAUAACAGUGGUAUAAAAUAGGGCUAAGGAGGAGACAAACUGAUGGAUAUAGAACUUCUGCUGGUCCCACCAGUGGGUAAUUCCAGAAGAGGAUGUAUCAGUAGUAGAUAUAUAUAUUUUAUCAACUAAAUCUUAUGGAGAAAAAAAAAUAGAAAAAGAAAGAACAGCAUGAGGACAAGUUCAAAAUGUGGAAAGUCACAGCCAUUUCCAAGUUGGUCAACGAAUGCAUUGAGCCUUUUGCCAUUAAAAUUGUAAAGUUUAUUGUUUGCUGGCUAAAAAAAUAUCCCUUUUGUGGUAUCUGAGGUGUGAAACAUUGUCAAAAAUAUGAUGUCUGGAAAAGAAAAUCAAACUAUAGUGGCAUUAAAUGUUUACU